UGAAAGAUCUUGUUGUUUUUGUAGAAGAAAGUGCGCAGCAGAGGAGAUCGAAUCUUACAAUAGACAUGCAACCUGAAUGCCAACAGACAGGAGGGGCCAGCAGCGACAUUGACUCGUUUGUGAUGAUAACCACAGAUGAACUGUGUACGAUAUCAGGGAACAAAUAUUACAUUCAUGUAGCUGGAAAUCAGUUUAGGACUCAUCAUGUCAGAAAUGUCCUUCAACAUGUAACAGGUCUAGAGGAGGUGAAGUCCGUUGAUAAGUGUGAUUUUAUAUUGGUUAUCUGCCCUGUUGUUUCAAGGGCAGGAACAGACAUUGAAGCUGCAUUGAAUUCACUUAACAAACUCUCAGAGUCUAAACCAUCAGCUUUCAUGGUGCUCCAUCACACAUUUGACCCAGAGAAAAUUGUACCAGAAAGCAGCAAGUGUGUAAACAGGAAAAAUACACUCACAGUGGACAUCCUAUUCCAUGAGGAUGAAGGACUCCUGAAUUGCAUGAAGAAUAAAGAAGCACUGGACAGAAUGCAGCAAUGGAUACUACCCCAGACUGAGGAAAAUUCCUGGCUGUAUGAUUCAUUCAGUUACAUCUGGAACAUGUUAAAAAACAUGUUAUUUUCCAGUCAAACUGAUUUAACUGUUGCAUCAGAACUAAUGAUUGUCCUGCUGGGCAUUUCUGAAUAUGGGAAGACUGGUGUAAGAAACAUGGUAAGAAAAGAGAUGGGAAAGGCUUAUAUCUCUACAGCCAUUCAGAAUAUAACGGUAGAGAGAGGAACAGUUGCUGGGGAGAAGGUGUCUCUCAUUGACACUCCUGACUGGUUCAACUCUGAUCUCUCACUGGAGGAAAUUAAAGAAAACAUACAAUUCUGCAUCUCAAUGUGUUCCAGUAAGCCUUUUGCUGUCCUUCUAGUCAUACCAGUGAAGCAUUUGACUAAAGAGGAGGAAAAGAUAAUGGAGGAUAUGAAUAAGAUUUUGGACAAUAGUUGCUGGGAGAGGGUUAUCAUCAUUUUUAUUACUGAUGAUCAGAAAAAUCAGAACAUAGAACUUUUUAAGCAGCACCAAAAUGUAAAAAAACUGAUGGAUAACUGUGGAAAUAGAGUUCAUUUUGCUCAGACAGGGAAUAGUGCUCAGGUUUCAGACAUGCUGAAGAAGAUAGAGGAGAUGGUUGCUGGAAAAGAAGAGAGUGGUGAUGUCUUUAAGCUCACAGAAUCUGAAAUGAAGACAGCCAUUGCUAAAUAUGAACAAGGGUAAAUCGAAAGGGUGAGAAACUACAUUAAAAUAAAAUCGGGAGAACUUCAGCAAACCAUUUGGAUCUCAAAGAGAUCAGCACCAUAUCAGUUUAGAGAGCAGAUAGAUGAGGAGCAUAAUUGUGUAAAAAUUGACAUUGUAUAAUACUUUUGACGUUCCUAAAGAUGUUGUAUACACUUAUGAGAUUAUAAUGACAUUCUAUGCUUAGGUUAGCCUUGACAAGAUAAGUUUUUGCUUAUGGAAAUGAACUAUCUGAGACUAUCUUGUGACAAACUCCUCUCUAUCAUAAUAAUAAGCAUAUAGGCCUAUGUAGUAUGUUUCUUGCUUUUUUGUACAUUUUGCUUUGUGAUUUGUGUUAGGGAGUUAUGUAGCCUUUUGUGUUUUAUUUUAUUGAUUGAAUUGUGAUACAUAACUUACUCUCCCUUUUUUAAACUGUUUUGUUUCUCAUUUUGUCCCAUGGCCACCCUCGACCUAUGCUUCUUGUUUUUAUUAAUCAACCCUAAAUAAAUGUAACAUUUUUGCUUAGUAUUUACUUUUUGUUAACAUUCCAGCAGCUAUUAACUGCAGUAACAAUUUAACUCCUGUUAAGGUUUGCUUCACUUCCUCAUUGUUUGGGGUCACUGUAACCUCAGUCAUUAAAGUUUGAAAAUGAUCAUUGUAAUUGUGAAAUAAAAAAUGUUUCCCU